CUAGCCGAUCCAGCCAAUCAGAGACGCGCUCUUGUCUCUUCGGCAUCGGCGGCUUUAUCCGCGCGUCGCUAUCGGUUCCCAAUUGCUUUCGACAGCCUCUGGAAAGAAGACGAUGACUCCUCCUUCCCCGCCAAUGACCCCGCUUGUCUCUUCUUUCCCCUCACUUGCCUCUGUCUCUUUUACUGAAUCGAUGUCUAGAUGUCUCUGGAUCCAGCAACCCUGCACCGUUGGAGUAAAUGAUCAAUCACUGGCUCUUUCAUCAGUGGGUAACAGAUGAGAUUGUGACACUGUGGAGAUAAGGCUCCGAUCCUGCAAGAAAGAGGACACAGUACGAUGCAUGUGGUCGGCAGAAAGACACGUUCCAAAACAGGUAAGGAUCCACAGAGCUCGCCUGAUCUGAAAUGCGAGUUAUGCGGAUGAUUGAUAGCUUCUCAGGUUGUCGCACAUGUAGAAUUCGCAAGGUCAAAUGCGACGAGGAGAAAAUACUGGUUGAAGGAAAAGAGGAGCCACAAUGCAGACGAUGCUCAGUUGCACGCAUUCUUUGCGAGUGGAAACCAGGACCCGUUCCCAGGGGACCAGCAAAAAGCUCGUCUAGAAACCGAAGAAUAGGCAGUAGCGACUCAAGCGGAUUGAUAGACCUGACUGACGGCCAGGUUUUAUCACCGUUGAUUAGCAACUCGCCUGUUGCGCAUGACUCUGGACAUGGUAUUCAGGCAGCCAAUUCACUUAUACUCUCAAAUUUCGACCGGUAUUGCUUGGACUAUGUUCGAGAUUCAGUUCUUGUCAUUUUUCUUGGGAAACAUUGGCCGUGGUCUACUGUUUCAUAUACGUACCACAAAAUUGCGACCAAAGAGCCCAUGGUGAUGAGUAUGAUUCUGGCAACAUCGGCUAGUGAGAUCCAUCGAUCCCGACUUUAUGAUUGUGAUACCGUUCCUGGAAGUCUACCAAUCGAUGCUCUCUCUGACGUUGAUGGCAGAAUGCAUUAUGGGAGAGCCCUGUCAAACCUCCGUGAAGCAUUGAAACAGGAUGUCAAACCACCAGAAAAGCUCGAAGCCCUAUUCAUCACUCUGUGGCUCAUGAUUGACUAUGAGAAUCGCUUUGGAAGCGGUAAAUCUGCCAUAAACGUCCAUAUGCGAGGAAUAACGACUCUUUUGUUCAACCAUGUUAUACCAUCUCUCAAGAAUAUGGGGUCUCUGAGGAUCGCACCCAACCCAGAAGAUGAGGAAUCUGCUAAUUUACUGCCGGAAACGGAUAAUCAAUCUCCAAAGACGACUGAAAGUGCCGAAAGUGAGAAAAUAAGUAAUGCUUCAGCAGGAUUUGAUCAACGUCUUCGAUCUACCACAGUUCCUUUAUUUUUGCUGUGGACUUUGUAUUUCUGCACGCCAGGGGCACUUUUUUGUAGUCCAGGACUUGCAAGAAUUGAUGCUAAUCUCUUUCGACUAUUCCUUCGCACAGAGUUGGACCCUCAAACGGCCACCCUGACUUUGCCGGAACUUUUCAGGAUCAGUAGACAGUCGCCGUCUCGAUUCUGGGGCAAAGAGUAUCCUGCGACAGCUCACUUGGACGACCUGGAAAAUCUUCCAGGGUUGACCCUGUAUCAUCAAAGCCACGUGAUCCAAUUCAAAAUCACAGAGCAAUUCAAGCAUGGUUUUAUCAAGGGAGACUCAAGCUGUUGCUGGGACCAGUCUUCUUUCAAAUCUCUCAUUGACGAAAUAGUCACGAUUGCCGAUGAUCAUGACACCCUUCUAUUUUCAGCCAGGGCUGCUCCGUCCUGCGAAAUUGCUGGUGAUGGACGUCGCGUGAUGGAGACUAUCUACUGGGCUUCGAUUACCUAUUAUGGAACAAUCGUGUAUUUUUACCUGUGCUUUGGAAGUCUCAUACCAACAGGAUAUGCCGAGCCUAGAUGGCUUUCCUGCAGCGAUGCGGUCUCUCAAGUGCUGGAACUUGCUCUGAAACUCCACCGUAGCAGGCCACGCUUGAUGGCACGAAUAACGUGGCCAUUGUUCAUGGCUGGAAUCGCCACAUCAGACCGGAUCUAUCAAGAUUGGGUGUCUAUACGAUUGCGGGAAUUGGGCCGUUAUGGACAAAACUUCACUCGUGUGAGCCACCGCUUCGACGAAAUCAUCCAAGGAAGCGACCCAUUUGCAUCUGGCCCAGGACAUCCGAGUGAUUUACAACAGAUGCAGGAAAUUGCGAUUAGUUGAAUACUGUCGUACACCCCACGGGGAAAUUCGGAUCUGCAAUUCAGUAUAAACCAUACACAGCUUCUGUAUCAUGCGUGCAUGCCUUGCUGGAAAUCUAGGUCGUGGUGAGGUCACACCGCAUUUAUUGCUGAUCUUGAAUUUUGCCAUAUGAUACCAGGAAAAAAGAAGGUUCUAGAAGUAUUCUGGAACAAGGAUUCCCCUGGGUAGAGAUGCUAAAACUUGCUUUUACUCUAUUAUCUACCGGGGUGUCGGUAUAGAGGGGCCUGUGCAACCCUGUGUCCUCUUUUGUCUAGGGAAUAGCACACUUUGCGAUUCCUGAGCAUACAGAAUAAUAGCAAAAUACCUACUA